AUGUUUUACCAAUGCUAUAAUAUGACGUGGACUCUAGAAUUCCGUCAAAUUGGUCGAGCUUAUCUUGCUCUAGCUAUACCUGCUUUUAUAUUUCAUGUAUUAUUUUGGAUGCAUGUAGCUACACAUCGAGCACUUCGUCAAAUUUCUAUGCUUUGGGUAUAUAAUUAUCUUUUUACUGAUAUUCUUCUACUUGUUCAAUUCUUUGUUGAAUAUACAAUUCGUACAAUGUCACAUUGUAUUUCACAUUCAAGCUUCUAUGCAUUUUGUAAUGUCGAAGCCUAUACAAAUGCUUAUAUGACUGUACUUGAAGCAUAUAUGUUAGUUUGUUUAAAUAUAACACGUUAUUAUUUAAUUGUAAAAAAUUGUAAUAUAUCUACUCAAUAUCCUUAUAUUCUUAUUCUUUUUAAUAUAUGUCUUUAUUUGGUUGGAAUAAGUGUAUUAUUAUUACAAGUUGAAUUAUUUCAAAUAGUAAAAUUACAUCCUCAUCACAAUACUGGAAAUUGUCAUUUUAAUUAUCUUGAUAUAAAAACUCAAUAUGGAAAUUUAAUUAUUGUUCUUUUAAUUCCAAUUAUCUUAAAUUGUUAUUUUAUGAUAUUAACAACAAUUCAUGUUCGUCGAUCACAACAAGCUGUUCGGUCACAACGUAGUAAACAUUUACAAUUACUAAUUCAAUUUUUUGUUGUUUAUAUUUUCUGGUUAGUAUUAUGGGCGCCAAAUGUGGUUGUAUCUCAUAUUGUUUCCAUUAAUGAUUCAAAUUCUUACACGCGUUUUGGUAGUCUAACAAGUGCUUUAUGUGAUCCACUUAUUUUUAUGUUUAUUGAUCGACGGUUUUUAAAAGUAUGGAAAAAAACAUCAUAUCGGAUAAUACAUUGUGGUCGACCAUUAAGACAAAUAUAUCCAACAACAAUUAUACAGAUAUUAUUAUUGACGCAUAUUCGUAUUAUUUUGAUCGAAACAAUGGCUAAACGGGCUGUUGUUCAUAAAAUUUUAGCACGCGUGCCUGAUGCUACCGUAACUGGAGAUACUGGACGGCGCACUUCGUUUGAGGUAACCGUUAACAAUAAAGUCAUCUAUUCGAAACUUGAACUUGGCCGCUUUCCUGACUUUGAUAUGAUUGCUGAACAAGUUGAAAAUGCUACUGAAGGUCGAAAUGUCGAAGUCGUAACAAAAGCAGACAAGAAGGCAUCUUGUUCAAUUUUAUAA